GAUAUUCUACGAUCAUAGAUGUCAGGUGAGUCAAUCUGUGUUGCAACAAUAUUUUUUACAGUACAGUAAAUAGUCGGCUGAAUUAUUACAGAAGCACUAUGAUUGAAUCCUGUACGAAAAAGCGAAUGUUGUUAGGUAUCUCUUUAUUAGGCGGGUUGACAAUUCUAGUUUUGAUCGUGGAGAGCAAUUGGACAGAGUCUUCAAGCGAUAAUCCAUUUUCAGAAAACAUAGAAGUCAAUUCUACUGUAAUCCCAAAUGGCGAGUACGAAGUGAUUAGCGAGUGCCAUCCAUGCACUGCUUUUGAAAUAGCUAGUAAAAGUAUUGGAGUAUGCGGCCAUGCUAGAUACAAAGAAGUUAUAAAAUACAAAAAAGGUGAAACAGUAACCAGAAGCUGUGAUAGAGUUGCCUGGCUGGAGGAAAGAAAAUUUUGGAAAUUUCAAGCUUUGUCCUUUGCAUGUGCAGUAUUGUUUUGUAUCUCUGUAUUUUGGCGAGAAAAUAUUUUGAGACAGAGAGUCAUACGAAAAGUAGCAAGACAACUCAGGGCUAGUGCAUAACUUAUAAAUAAGCUAUCAACAUUAAA